CAAGUCUCUUCAUUCCUUCGCACAACAAAAGCAUAAUAAACCAGACGCCUCGUCUGGAAACUUUGCCGACGAAGACAUCCCACCCCGACAUUAUUGAUCAGUGUGUAGGGUCUGUUAUGGCAGCCGAGGAGCGGACAGGCCCACCGCGAAACACUCUACUAGGGGCCGCUGUGCGGUGGGAGGAGCGUAAGUGAAGGAAGUCGUCUAACAGAUUGGGGAUGUGUCUGAAUUGAAGAGCGAGCAAGAACCGUGUCCUGACGGAGUGCCGCUAAAAUCUGUUAGGGCCGGAUACCGGAAUACUCGAGGACGCGGCGACAAUACGGAGAGCACCGACGGCGACUUAUGCUACCCGCAGUUUAGGCCUGUCGCGUACACUUUUUGCCGUCCGGCCCGGUCGCGCAGUUUGCAUUAUGCAUUCGGACUGCAGACUGCGAUGGAUGCGUCGCUAAUGGUGGGGAGAGGGACCGGAGGGGCUGCGGUCUUCGUCCUUAUCAUCACCCUCUUCCUCUCUGCAAGAGGGUCCCGGGCGCAGAAAGGGGAUGGCUGUGGGCACACGCUGCUGGGCCCAGGCAGCGGCAGCCUAGCGUCUCUAGGCUACCCCCUCUCUUACCCCACGCAUUCGGUGUGUGAGUGGGAGAUCAGGGAGAGGGGGGGGCACACACUCAUCCUGCACGUGGCCGACCUCGACAUCGACACGCAGAACUGCCAGGUGUCCUACCUGCGGCUGUUCAACGGCAUCGGUGUCGGCCGGACGGAGAUCGUCAAGCUCUGUCACGGAGAUGUGAAGGGGCCCAGGGUGGUGGAGUCAGCCAGCCACCAGGUGACGGUGCAGUUCAUGAGCGGGCCACAUGACCACGGGCGUGGGUUUUUCCUCUCCUACGCUAGCAGCGAGUAUCCAGAUCUGAUCACCUGUUUGGAGAAGGGAAAUGACUUCACUGAAGCUGAGUUCAGUAAGUUCUGUCCGGCGGGGUGUCUGACUGACUUUGGAGAGGUGUCUGGAACCAUACCCCAUGGCUACAGAGAUUCCUCUGGGUUAUGCCUGGCUGCUAUCCACGCUGGGGUGGUGUCCAACAGUCUGGGGGGGAAGGUCAGUGUGGUGAGCAGUACAGGAAUCCCGCACUAUGACAGCACGCUGGCCAACAAUGUCACCUCCGCGGCAGGGACCCUCUCCCCGAGUCUCUUCACUUUUAAAACCAGCGGCUGCUAUGGCACACUGGGUCUGGAGUCGGGUGUGGUCAGCGAUUCUCAAAUCUCCACCUCCUCUGUGUGGGAGUGGGGUCGUCACGGCGAUGAACCUUCUGUGUGGGCACCCUCAGGGGCUAGGCUGAAAAGGGCAGGUCUUCCGUGGGCAGCAGCCCACGGUGACACAAAACAAUGGAUACAGGUGGAUCUGAAGAGAGAGAAAAAAAUAACAGGAAUCAUCACCUCUGGCUCCACCCUACCUGAGCACCAAUUUUAUGUUUCUACCUAUCGUGUGCACUAUAGCAAUGAUGGACAGGACUGGAACGCUUAUCAGGAUGUAGGCUCAGACCAAGACAAGGUUUUCCAAGGAAAUACCAACUAUCUUCAAGAAGUGCGUAACAACUUCAUUCCACCAAUUGAAGCACGGUUCAUCAGAAUAAGCCCCUCCCAGUGGAACCAGAGGAUUUCCCUUAAAAUGGAGCUGCUUGGCUGUCAAUUACAUAUAGCGAGGCCACGAAUAUUUUACCCAGCCCCUCCUCCCAAAAGAAGCACUGUUCCUCCGCACCAGGAGCCGACUACAUGCACAUCAAAUGUUCGGAAUAUCACCGUGCCCCCACAGACUAAUAAUGAGAUGGCACUGGUGGCGGUGUUGGUGCCCGUGCUCGUGGUUGUCCUGACAGCUCCUGUGCUGCUGGUGGUGUGCACGUGGCUUUGGAAGAGCAGGAAAAGCCCUGAAGUGACCUAUGAUCUUCCACACUGGGAUCGAACAGUAUGGUGGAAGAGCAUGAAGCAGCUGUUGCCCUCUAAGUUGGAUGGGGAGGAAUGUGUGCGUUAUAGUUCUUCUGCUCCAGCUGACCACCAGAGACCACGAGUCGAGCCUGCAGAAUAUGCUCAGCCGCUGGUAAGUGGUACCAUGACCUCUCUGGGUCAAAGGUCAACAUUUAAGCCCGAGGAGGGAGCCGACCCUGAGUACGACGCACCCUUGACCCCUGAACAAUAUCACGCCUAUGCUGAACCUCUUCCUGCUUCUGGAGCGGAGUAUGCCAUUCCCAUCACCACUGACAGAGCCAAUCACAUAUCAGGAGGUGCACUGCCUUUCUGUGGCCAUGGUAUAGUGGCCCAAACAGACUGUGACCAAUCAGGGACGUCCAUGUAUGACACACCCAAAAACAUGUCUGACCAAGCUGCACCCACAGAGGGGCAGUUAUACCAGGUGCCUCAGAAUUCCAGCAAUACCCCAUGCCAGGAAAUAGACUGACCAAUCAGAGCGCAGGGCCCAAAUCUGAGUUAAACUUUGACCCAAAGAAAGACUACCGUCCUGAAAAGAAAUGCAGACAAGUGUGACAAGUGCGAGUGCAUGUUUUACUUUAUAGCCGUAUGUGCAAAUGUCGUUGUUCUGGUCUCCUCAAAUAGCAUGCCAUACCAGUCCUAUCACUGAAAUAACACACAGGAAUGUCUGAGAGAGUGAGUUAGGCAGGGAGACCGCUACACUACUGUUUUAGUGGAUAUCUAUGUGUGGAUCUGUGUCAAAAUGUUGGUGGGUGUGUGGGUGUCUAGAUAUGUAACUGUCAUUAAACUGUGAGUCCCUACACAUUUUCAUUAAUGCUGAGAGUCAGUCCUUAGAUUUACUCAGAAUUUUUUUCUGGUAAUAUUUCACCAUGUUUUGGGUAAACAUUAGCAGCUGUAUGACCAUGGGAUACUGUUUAUUUAAUCGGCUGUAGCACAGGUAAAUGGAUUACUAUAUGCUGGUUCUCCUGUAUGAUUUUACAACCUGCAUGUAACACACAGGUAUUAGCCUAAAUCCUUACCUAGCCUCUUCUAGCUAGCUCUACAUCUGAAAAUGACAAUUUCAUUUACACAAUCACCAGUUUGCUGUUCAUCGCUAAUUUAACCUUUGUGAUGAACAGACUAAUCAGGCUAAGCAGUAAUUGGUAUAAGAUGGUUAACGGUACAAAUCAUUUUUUGUCAGUUCAUUCUGGGAGCCAUUCUGGUCCUUGUCUGUUCAAAAGCACAUUUCUUUAAUACACUUUUACAUCCAUCACAAAGAAUGGGAGAAACCUGUGUCACUGUUCUCAACACAAAUAUUAUUUCCUAUUUAUUUGAGGGGUUUUUUCCUUUCCUGCUGAGAUAUUUCAGCAGUGCAGAGUGCCCAAACCACUAGCAGACCGUGGCUAAGCUACGCAGCACUCAUGAAUGCACUGUUGUCAUAGAUACACUGUUGCCGUGGGAUGUCUUGCCAAAUGUGACACUUUUGUGCUGAUUUUUAAAUAGUACGCCAAGAUGCCGACAUCCAUGCCUGAUUGAAUCCACUGAUGGCUUUAAAUACAUUACAUAGCACAUUGGUCUCAAAUAAUGCCAAACAGUGAUCCAACAUAAUCAACUGACAAUGUAAUAUUUUUGUGAGACAGAAUGUUACCUUGUGAUGAGACUUGUGCAUGCUGACCUAAAUGUCAUCUAUUUAAGGUGUGAUUUUUCAAACCUGAAAUCUGAGGGAACACCUAAGGCAACAAUGACCAUAUCUCAACCUGACGGAAGCCUGUAGUCAGAAGAGAGUUUAAAAGGGUUUUGCGGUACUAAAUGUUCAGAAUAUUAAUGGGAGCAGAGCAUCUGUCUUGCUAAGCUUCUAAAAUGGUGAACUUUUUAGUGUGUGUGCUUGGUCUUUGUGUCCUACUGUGUUUCAGUGUCCACAAAGUCUGAUUUUAUUGAUAUUAGGUGGGUCUGAGCUCUGUGUCCAUAUCUGUGUAUGUUUUUGUGCACUGUAUUCAUGAGUGAGUGAGCGUGUGUGUGGCUAUGUAGCUGCAUAAUUUUGAAGAGUAUGUGUGCACUAUUCACUGUAAAUGGUUUUCUGAAUUAUGGUUGGUACUGUAGAAUGACUGUAUAGAUUAAAAAAAAGACUUUAAAUGAAAUUGAAGUUUUAAUAAAAAUAUAAUGACAGA